AUGGCUUCAAAUCCUUCAACUGCUUAUGCGCGUAUCCUCUCGACCGAGGAGCAAACUCAAGAUACUUUCCCUGUAAUAGAACUACCCGCACAGGACACUGAUGGCUUGCUAGCCUCGCCUUCGUUGCGACCUCUUGCUGAGCCAACCGGUCCCAACGCCGAUACAGAGACUGGAGAUUCUACUGUCCUCCCUAUCGAGUCUGAUGUUCAAACUCAGCGACCGCAACCCCUUGAAGCCUCGCCGUCGCAUCCCGCACAAGUCGAACAUGAUGAACUGGCAGACGACUCUAGAAGGCGACAUUCAUCUUUGAGCACGAUAAAGAAUCGAAUGUACGGCUCCGUCGACCCUUCGCUUCACAGUUUGAUCGAAAAGGAUCCACGUGGUACGGCACGAGAAUACAAUCAUCGAAGACAACGAAGACGUCUUCUACGGCUGACAGUUGGAGAAUGGUUCAACACAUUGGUGCUAUGUUCGACAUACUUUGGCAUUCUCUAUGCAUACACGAGGGAGCUGACGAUCAGCGUCCAGCAACGCCGGGUCUUCAAUUCACUGACAACGGCAAACUCGCUUUUACUGGGUGUCAAUCUCGCCGCGUCGCUCAGAAGCUAUGCGAAACUGAUGCGGUGGCGCAUGCUGGCCGCGGUGUAUCGGCCAUUGGAGACGUUUGACCUGGUCAUGGGAUGCGACAGCUUGCUUAAUGUGAUCAAGCUGCUUUUCAACGCCAGGAGUGAACGGUCGCGAUUCUGGCCAUCACGCACUCAGGUGUAUUGCGUCUUAUGGCUGCUGACUCAUCUGGCCGUCACGGUGCUGGUCGGCAUCAUUGGGCUCAACUACAACCUCGAAACGUCGACCAAGUACGUCCUGCUUACCAAAGGGACGGUCUCUAUCUUAUCGCUCGAUGCUUUAUUGACCGAUGACUAUCCCGCCAGUCUGGCUGCAGUUCAGAACUGGGGCGUUCGUGGGGUGGUCACCACUCCGCUUGACUGGAAUGCUGAAGUCGAAUACGCGCAGGCUUAUUACUCCGACUUUGCCGGCCACACUCGGUAUUACUUUCAGGAUCAUAAUCCCAACGACACAUCUAGUGGCCUCAUCACGUAUCGGUACAUCGAUUCCAUGUCAUCCUGUACUGGUUACAGGGUAACUGAGGGAGAGUACGGUAAUAUGCCGUACAUUAUUUACCGCGAUGGCGACAAGGACGUCAAUCUAACUCUUCCAGCCCAACCCGGUCCGGGAGGACUGUUGGUUCAAUCCCACCUGAACUCAACAUGCGGAGAUCGAUGCGUGGAUGUGACUGCAUUCCAAGCAGAAUCCUACCCAAGCGAUACCAACCUAGACGACGUAUACUUUGUUGAACAGGCUCGAUACUUCACCUGCAGCAACAACGUCUCGCAGGCGGAAGAACGAAAUAAGGAAUUGACCUGGGAAUACAUGUUUUCCGAUGAAGUUGCUCGGAUGUUGGCUGGAGCCUUGGGUUGGAGUGCGAAUGGGCCUUCUCAAGACGGCAAAUCACUGUAUGCAGUGUACACGAAUGCAUCUGAUGUACGGUUCGCAAGUACGCCGGGCACCAAGGACAUGGCCAACAAGCUCGCUUCGUUCACAAUCGGUGCUGUGUCAUUCAUGGACGAUUCAUUCGCGGCAGAUCGGAGGUAUGUCUUAAGCGCUGAACGGCCAAUCGCCGCACAGUAUCUCGAAGUCACUUGGAGGUAUGCAGCGGCUAUCUUAGCAAGUAUACCGGUGAUUCACUGUUUGACAUUGUUGGCCGUGGUUACGUGGGCCAAUCAUGCAAUCAUCAAAGACGACAGUCACCUGUCCAUUGCAAAGGUCUACCAUUCUUUUCUCCAGGGGCUGGGUGACCAUGGAUGUCUGUUGAAAGGCCAUGAGAUGGUGCAGGCCUUGAAUAACCCCAAGGUCAAGUAUGGGCACUCUGGCAGUCUCGGGCACGAGGGUUAUUUUCAUGUUGACGUGUAUGAGCAAGGGGGAAGGCUUGUUGGCAACGAUGGCACCUUCUUGGAGGGAUGGUAUGAUGGUGCUUCAGAUGUAAGGAAAAGGAUAGAGCAACCAAGGCGGCGAUAUCGAGACUUUGAUGCGAGAGAGUAUUUUUGA